AUGGCUAUCAGAGGGCCCGUUCAACAGAUUCGCUCGGACUGCGGAACGAACUUCAAAGGAGCUCAGAACGAACUAGAAUCGGCUCUAAAGGAAACGGAUCAAAAGAUGGUGGAGACGUACUUGAAUUCUCAAGAAUGCGAAUGGAUUUUCAACUCUCCUCACGCUUCGCAUACAGGAGGCGUGUGGGAACGUAUGAUCGGUAUUUCUAGACGAAUCCUGGACUUGAUGAUGGCCGAGCUAAGACCAACACGACUGACUCACGAAGUCCUAUCAAUACUGAUGACUGAGGUGACAGCUAUCGUGAACAACAGACCGCUAGUAGCCAUCUCAAGCGACCCCUCUGCACCCGAAAUCCUCACACCAUCUACUCUCCUGACGCAAAAAACGGCAACACUCAAGUCAACCCCAGGAAAUUUUGUCCCCCAAGACCUCUAUACCAAACAGUGGCGGCAAGUACAACUAUUAGCCAACCGUUUCUGGUCAAGAAUUCUUGCCGACAUUACAAUACAGGCGAAAGUGGACAACAGACGUUCCAAAUCUCCAAGUGGGAGAUCCGGUCCUCCUCCGAUGCAAAGAAUCGCCGAGAAACGAUUGGCCGCUAGCUCGCGUCUCGAAGACCCUAAGCAGCGCGGAUGA